AUGCUGAAGCUCUCCGAGAAGUCGGACUCAAAAACCGACACCAAGAUCCUUCUGGACGCCAUCUCGAAGGACAAAAUGCACCUGGCCAGGUUCAUCCUGGACGCUCUGGACGGCAAGAUCGUGGACUCGAAGAGCGACGGCGAGCUCACGCCGCUCAUCUCGUCCGUGUUUUUGCCGGACUCGCGCGCCAGGGCCAAUUUCAUGAACCUGCUCCUGCAGAGAGGCGCUAACGUGAACCAGCAGGACGAGUAUGGGCGCACAGCGCUUAGUUACGCGUGUGAGAAAGGCUACCUGGACGCUGUGAAGAUGUUGGUGAAGAAUAACGCCGAUCCCGAGAUGGUGGACGCAUGGGGAAACACCGCGCUCAUGUACGCUGCCGUCGCUGGCCAUUCCCUGGUCGUGGAGUUCCUGGUGAGGGCGUUCAAACGGCUCGGACUCCAAAUCGACCGCCAAAACAAAGUAGGUAACUCAGCAGUGGAGGUGGCAAAGUACCUGGGCCACACCGAGUGUUUAUCCGCGUUAAUGUGCAGCUCCAAAAAAGCGCACGAUCAAGACGCUUUCGAGGAACGAUUCGCACUUUUGCGCGCCAACGAAGGCGAGGACACAAACACCGAACAGGAGAAACCAUCUGAAGUUUCAGACACGCACCGGAGUCGGAGGAAAUACCCUAAUUUAUGGAGCAGAAUGAUGUCCAUGGACUCUAUCGAGGAGUUAGAGAGAGAAAGUGAAUCUGACAAGGAUAGAUGGCCAUCAUCUCCUCAAGGCUGCUCUUUCUCAGGUGUGCUCACCCCGAAACCGCCUCAGCGAUCCCGCGUUUCGCAAACUUUAAAGCAAGUAGCGGAAAGCUGCCUGAACAGCCAUCUCCCACUAUUAUCCAGAGGGGCAGAGCCUCACAGCCCGGCUUCACGCAGGACGCCUCAAAUACACGCGCACAUGACCGGUGCUCUGUCCGGUCCGCUCGGUAUCUUGCUCACGCCGAUUAGGAAAGCCAGCAGAUCUGACUCGGACAAAGAGGACGUCAGUGCGAUGAGGUUUGAUGACAGUUAUUACCGGAAGCGGUGCAGUUUGCCCACCAGCGCCCUCGGACCAACACCGCCUGAGCGAGCACUGCUGAAACCUGCGCGCAAAAGCAAACCUGCUCCUAAAGGCAUCACUUCGCCCCCGCAUGUCGAGACCGCGGACUUUUCCGCCACUGCGUUUUCCGUCCUUGGCAACAGGUUGCUGAGGCGCUUGACUUUGCCUGAGUUAAAAAAGGUCGGAAAGGAAGUGAGAGAAGGCGGCGGUGGGAACGGAGAAGGCUGUGAAACUGUUGCAAGGGGCAUGCCGAGGUCCGAGACCUUCCCCCUGAGCACCAAACACCCGCAAGUAGGAAGCAAGCCGAGUAUAGACAGCAUCAGCGCAGUGAAGUGUGAAUUUGACUUCCAGCUUAAAUCCAACUUUUGACCGCGCUGCUGCGUUUGCAAAUGGUCACGUGACGCAGCAGAGGGCGAAUCAUUUGCUAAAGCCGAGGAUCUGCGUUGUGGUCACGCCGACGCGUACAUGGAUUUUUUUGUAUGCUUUAUGAUUGACGAGGCGCAUUAGAAACGGCUCUCAUUAACACUCUUUGUAUCGUCUAUAGGCCUAGUGCAGACUGAAAAAUGCUAUAACUUCUAUAACCUAGCAGUGUUUUAUUUCAAUCCUGUCAUGUAUGACUUGUCAAGUGAUUAGUAAAUGAAUAAAAUGCGAUCACGAAUGUCAUGUUCGUAACGCUUUAUUGCGCACGUUCGGCCAGUUUUGCGCGCUACUCAAAUUGCUCAUUAUUCUUUUAUGCUGCAGUGAAACUAGCCUUUCAGUCCACUCUCGGUUUGAUCCCAGUAGAGAAAUCAAGGAGCCCACUGGGAUGCGCAUGUGUGCAUGAUUGUAUGGACAGCAUUUGUCUGCUUUGUCCUCGUACAGCUGAGGACAACCCUUAUUUAUCCCGUAUUCACAACCCUGCGUAGAGCCUGAACACACA